AAACAGCUGAUUGGAAUAAACUUUCAUAACGUUUUCGGAAAACGCUGAAAAAUAUUAAAAAUAUUUGGUUAAUUAGAUAUUUUUAAAAAAAUAAGCAUGCGUGUACCGUCUUGUGUUUUUGCUGCCAAACAUAGAGCCCGUGCGCCACAAAAUGAGGCUGCUGUUCCCUUUCAGGAAAUCUUACCUUUGCGUUUAAAAAAUGCUGUCAGUGGAAAAGCCGACUCUGGUUCUGAUGUAGCUUGUCUGCAGGAAAUGACAGUUUUGUUUGCCUGUCUUAAGGAGAAUGACUUUGUUGAGAAAUUCUGCUCCAAAGAAAUAUCACAAUUCCAGAGGUGUUACAAGGUCUAUAUGGACCGCAAGGCGCUAGCUAAAGAAACUAUUAAUCAAGGUAUAGUAACACCCGGUAAUAAAUUGAAUUAUAAACAAUUAAACAAAUACAUGAGACGGUUUCCCAAUCCCGAAUAAACUGAGAACAACACAUCGUACAAUGAUUUCCAAGAAGUCAUUUAAAGUUCACCGAUAAAGAAAAUUGUUAUGUUGUCACUGUAGUCUAAUAAAACAAAUUUGUAAAUUAAAACAA